AUGAUGACUGGCCGUGUGCUGCUGGUGUGUGCCCUCUGCGUGCUGUGGUGCGGUGCCUGUGGGGUUUAUGCGAGGGAGCUCGACAACAAGAACGCAGUGGGUGAUUGCAUGGCGUCGGGAGUUUUAGGUGCGAAUCGGUUGCGUGUGCCAAGCGUAUGUGAUAAGGUUGCGAUCUCGCUGCCUUCGCGUAUGGUCUCGUUCAUCACCGCCGCUGAAGCCUCGACUAACGAUGAUGCUUCUGAUGUUGUUGAAGGUAAUCCAGCUUCACCUUCAGGUGCUGCUGCUGCCGGUUCUGUUUCUGGUGGUGUAGGUGGAGCUGGAGGUAGUCGAGGAGGCGGUGUAACUUCUGGCGGCAGUGGCAAUUCUGCUGGUGGAAGUGACGGUAACAGGAACACAAGUGAAGAUCCCAAAGGUGGUGGUGGUGGUUUUUUGCAGUCUCCUCCCUCAGUUGACCCCCAUUCACCUCGCAUUCCCAAUGGGGUUGGUGAGUCACAGAACACAGAAGUUUCUUUAUCCACUGAGGAGACGAUAUCUCCUGAAGCAGCUGCGGAGCCAGGAUCAACAGCGUCUCCAGGGGAUACACCGCCCAAAGUGGAAACACAGGAUAAAUCGGAACCCAAAGAAGAAGACAAAGAUCCCUCCUUCACACAAGCAGCAGCACCAACUUCAGUUAAUGGUAAGGCUUCAACUGGAGAGCGGAAUCAGCAAAAUGAUGUGGGGAAGGUAGACCAUUCCAGCAACCAAACACCACCGCCAGCACCGCCAUCGGCGGUGACAUCACCAGUUCUAUCAAAAGAACCGGCACCUCCAGGAAAAGAACCAUCACCAAGCAAUGUAAGCCUACCAGCACCAAAUGUCCCACAGACCACAAAAGGUCAAGAGCAAAAACCGUCAAUUUUAACAACUAAAAAGGAGUCCAAGACACCGGAAAUUCCUUCAGAGGAUAAUGUGUUACAGCAACAAGGUCAAAACACAACCACAGAGGGAUUGAUGGAAAAUUCAUCUCCAGGAAGUCAAGCGAGAAAUACAGAACCAUCCACUUCUACAAGUGGCACUGGUGAGGCCCAGAUUACGGCGGAUGCGGAUAAUGCUCAACGGCCCAACCCCAGUGAAUCACAGGACGAUCUUGAAGGUACUGACAUCAACAAUUCUCCUACAGCAGAUGAGGCAGCACCUCAAUCAGCAAUAACACUCACCACCGCUCAAAAAAAUGAAACGGCAACGGUUGGCGACAGCGACGGCAGCACCGCGGUCUCCCACACCACAUCCCCUCUUUUGCUUCUUCUUCUUCUUGUCGCGUGUGCGGCUGCGGUGAUGGCCGCGUGA